UCGCGCGUAGUGUCACAGCCCAGUCCGCCAGUCGGCAAUAUUUUUCUAAAAGAAUAGGUUGUGUGCAGUUGUGUGAAAAGUGAAAACAUCAUCAGCGAAUCUUGUUUCAAACAUCUACAAGAUGCUGCCACUGGAUUUUCUAGUGGAAAUGUUGGAGAAACUAGCCCCUGUAGUGCACUUCGAAGAUUCUAAAGGAGAGGACAGGAACAUUGCCCAGUUCGAACUCGACAAUGCAGCUCAAACUGAUCUAGAUCAGUACUUGUGUUUCAUGUCGGUGAUAAUGGCAGACCAUGAGAAAUUCGCUACUGUAGCUCGACGAAGUGCAGCCUUUCAACUUCAGCAGCAUUUGAACAGUAAAGAUCCUGCAACGCUCGAGGAACAGCAAAAACAUUGGAAGACGAUUGCAGCCGAUGUUCGCGACAUGAUAAAAAACAACGUUCUGAUCGCUUUACCAACGAUCUCGCCAUUUUGUUCAAACGUCGCAACUGAAAUAGUAGCCAGCAUUGCGGUGAUGGAAGUCCCGCUAAAAGAUAAUUGGCCUGAUCUUCUACCAACCCUUUCCUACUACAUACGUCACCUUAAGAACGAAGAGAAAGAAUGCGCAAUGGAAACAUUAGAAUUUGUCUGCAAACAUUUGAAAGCAGAAAUUUUGGCCGAAUAUUUUACUGAAAUAAUGAUGGUAAUUGCUGGCUUUCACAUGGACCAACUCUCAAAAAAACUUCGACUUGCAACACUUAAUAUUCUGUUGGCAUGUUUCGAGUUUGGUCGUCCCUAUUUUGAGAACUCGGGGGAAGGCAGAGUGAUCGUGCAAGCAAUUUGUGAAGCCGCCGAAUCGGCCGACAUCGAUAUUCGUGUUACUAGUUUGGCAUUGCUGACCAGAUUUGCAUCUUCCUGUUAUCAGCAUCUGAAAGACUACAUCGAUGUCAUCGCUCCAAUUACAAUAAAAGCAAUAAGCUCAGAAGAUAAAGAUAUUCACAGAAAUGGUCUCGAGUUUUGGAAGGCUGUGAGUCAGGUAGAAAAUCCACGUGAUCCUGACGGACGAUUGAAAACGGGAACUGAAAGAAGCCAAGUAACAUGUAGUUACGUCAAAAUAUCUCUGAAAAAACUCGUGCCCGUACUGUUCGCAGAAUUAGUUAGAGGCGAAGGAUUUAUAAGAGCUGAAGGACUAUCUGGGAAUCCUUCCGUUUCUGACUCUGACAAUUUCAACGAUGAAGCCCAGCCAAUGGAUUACGACUCAUUUUUCAAAACGGAAAGUAGACUUCAUAACGAGAGGUCUUCUGGCAUGACGGAGAACGAACAAAAUCAAAACACCCCCAAUGCAAACGUAAAUAGGAAUUUCCAAAAAAAAGAAAAAGAAACUUCACAAAACAAACAAUUCCCUGAUUGGUGGACACCACCGAAGGAAGUAAUCAUCUACUUUAGUGAGCAAUGCGAAAACUACCCAGAAGCUAUAGAUCGUUACGUUCUACCUCUCGUCCAAAGAGAAAUCCGACAGCACGUGAACUGGAAACAUCGGCACGCUGCUAUUUGGUCGUGUCUGGUUUUUCUCAAGCAAAUGGAUUCACGCCACGCUGAAAAUACUCUUCCACCAAUCUUUUCUUCAAUUCGAGGUUGUGUAAGAGACACAUCAAGCUCCAGAAUUCGCAGUACUGCCCUAUGGGCCAUCAGUUGGAUGGUCGAAAAGUGCCCACUUUUACUAUUCACUUCAAUGACUUCACAAGAUUUAGAACAACUCGUAAGCGACUUAGUAACUAGCCUCAAUGAUGAUGAGGGUCGAGUGUCACCUUCAAGCUGCACCGCACUGACGUCAGUUGUGAAAGCCACUUAUGCUAUAGCUCAGCAAAAGGUGGAAGAAAGUAAGCGACCACCUACCUUUUUGCUGUCACCAUAUUAUGAUGUGAUCGCCAAUCAGCUUGUGAAGGCCGCUAAUAGACGUCUAACGGCUGCUUUUGACGCUCUCGGUCUGCUGCUACUGAACGCCCCCGACGAUUGCUACUGGAUUGUGUUGGAAACAAUAGAUGAAUUGCUCCUUUUGCUGCGUAAAGUGAUAGAACUGCCAGAUGCCCAUCAUGUGGGAUGUCGCUGCCACGAAGCCGUUCAAAAGUUACUGUGUGGCGUUCUACGAAGCGUAUUAAGAAUAUUAAAAUUAGGCGAGACUACUUCAAAUCAACUUUGUCACAAGUUUACGACUUAUCUACUGAGUCUGCUAAACAAAUUUCCUAACGGACUAGCACGAGCAGAAGCUCUAAUGUCUUUAUCAACAGUUGCUUUACUACUCGGAAGGGAACUUAAACAUCAUCUGGACUUUUUGGUCCCCUAUUUAACAUCAGCAAUUAACAAAACUGCCAAAAACGAUCCUGCUUUAUCUCUUGUGGUGGAUCUUAUCGGAACACUUUUCCUUGUACUAGAUUCAGAAGCAAUUCCUUUUGUGAACAAACUUAUAGGACCAUUGUUAGUUUUAACUGAUGGAAACCAAAACUUACCAUUAAAAGUGAAAAUCCAUUGCGUAGCUGUUUUCGGCCAGAUUGCGACAGCAGUUGGUCGUCCUGGAUUUCAAAUGUACAUGGCGGCUGUCCUUCGACGCUUGCAGCAUUGUGUAGAGCUUGCAAUUUUGGAGGAAAUGUACGAGAGUGCCAACAGCAGAGAACUGAGAGAAAAUUUACGUCAAGUUUGUUUAGAAACCUAUUCCAGUCUUGUGAAGUCAAUCCUACAUAGAGGAAGCCUUCCCUUAACUCUUGAACUGUGCUCUAGUUCUCUGUGUCUCAAAAACAUAGCAAAAUUAACAAGGUCUGUUCUUACAAGCAAAGGCAAACUACCUGCCAAAACCUACACAGCUGCAGCUCACUUGAUUGGGAGUGUUACACUUGAGUUUGGAGCAAAGAAAGCAUUAGCCUUAACAUCUCUGGAAGCUACUGAAUGUAAAUCUUUACUGGAGUGUGUUGUUCGUCAGAACAUUAUAGACACGGCAGUUCAUUCUAUUUGUCAAGAAGCACUUACUGAGAUAGAAAUGGCUGGAACAGGGUUGAGGUGUGAGUGAAGAAAUUUUGAUUUCAAUUUGUUAACAAAGAACAGAAAUCAUGCCUUACUAUAAUUACUUCAAGACUUCUAUUUACUAAUACCUAGUCACCUUACAGAAUUACAGAAAUCUAUCACGCACGUGUAAUUGUAGCCGAUUGUAGCUUACGAAUGUGUGUAUCACUGAGUGCAGAUAAAUAAAUAUUUCACUUUUUUUUCCCGGG